UAUGUUUCCGAGUAUUCUUAACCCCGUUCACUAGUCUUGAUCUAGUUUUGAUCCAUUUUCCGCCCUACCGCUUGUUCUUUUUGUCUUUUUCACGAAUUCUGUUGCAAAGAGGGGUGAGACUCAAACGGGUUUGGGACCAAUCUAAUAACCAUUUUCGGGGAUGGGGGAGUAGCCGACACGUGGGUGCCUUAGACACGUGUUCCCGAAUUUCACAUUUAGGGUCCCAUCUAGGUUGCUCGGGUCUCUGCCCCACUUCUAGCGCUUGAAGAUUAUCUGCGCACGUUUAAUGGAGUGUUGGCUGUACCCUGGGCUCCUCAGAUAUGGCUCAUCAGGCUACAUCCCUGGAAGAACCUGUGGUUCGGACCCAGCGGUUCCGGUUCUCUGAGGAGGCAGGACCCGGAGGGAAAAGGGCGGUGCUGGAGGUCCACAUUCCCCAGGUUCUGCAUUUCCAGUAUGGCAUGUAUAUUUGGCCUUGUGCUGUGGUCUUGGCUCAAUACAUUUGGUAUCACAGAAGUAAUCUGAUUGGCAAAACUGUAUUAGAGAUUGGAGCAGGGGUGAGUCUCCCUGGCAUAGUAGCAGCAAAAUGUGGUGCUGAAGUAAUUUUGUCUGACAGCUCAGAGCUACCUCAUUGUCUAGAAAACUGUCGGCAAAGCUGUCAGAUGAAUGAUCUACCCAAUAUACACAUUACUGGGCUCACCUGGGGUCAGAUCUCUCCAGAACUGUUGGCUCUACCUGCCUUGGAUAUCAUUCUGGCCUCUGAUGUAUUUUUUGAACCAGAAGACUUUGAAGAUAUUUUAACUACAGUGUACUACCUAGUACAAAGGAACCCUCAUGUUCAGUUGUGGACUACUUACCAAGUUCGAAGUGCUGAGUGUUCACUUGAAGCUUUGCUCUACAAGUGGGAGCUGCAAUGUAUCCAUAUUCCUCUGGAGUCUUUUGGUGCCGACAAAGAACAUCUAGCAGAAUCUGCCCUUCCAGGAAGACAUACUGUUGAAAUGAUGAUCAUUUCUUUGGCAAAGAAUGUCCUCUGA